GGAACUGCUGCUAUGGGAGUGUGAGAGAGCAAAUUUCUGAACCGGGAGAGUUCCCAGGGAGUAAAAUGCAAGAUGAGGCAGUAUGUGCAAGUUCCAACUGUUGAGCAAGAAAAAGCCUAUGAUUAUAAUUCUGCUUUUGAACCGAGACCGUGUAUGUGUUUGGGAGUUUGCUGUUGCUGUGCUGCGCUAAGACCUCGCUACAAGCGUCUGGUGGAUAACAUAUUUCCUGAAGAUCCAAAAGAUGGUCUUGUGAAAGCUGACAUGGAGAAGUUGACUUUCUAUGCAGUUUCUGCACCAGAAAAGCUGGAUCGAAUUGGGGCUUACCUGGCAGAGAGACUGAGCAGGGAUGUUGUCAGACACCGCUAUGGUUAUGUUUUAAUUGCCAUGGAGGCAUUGGACCAACUUCUGAUGGCUUGUCAUUCUCAAAGCAUAAAACCAUUUGUGGAAAGCUUCCUUCAUAUGGUGGCCAAGCUUCUGGAAUCAGGCGAACCAAAGCUGCAAGUCCUUGGAACUAAUUCUUUUGUCAAAUUUGCCAACAUUGAGGAAGACACACCUUCCUAUCACAGACGCUACGACUUCUUUGUGUCUCGGUUCAGUGCCAUGUGUCAUUCAUGUUACCCUGAUCCAGAAAUACAAACUGAGAUCCGAAUUGCUGGAAUCAGGGGCAUUCAGGGAGUGGUUCGAAAAACAGUUAACGAUGAACUUCGAGCAACUAUAUGGGAACCUCAGCACAUGGACAAGAUCGUCCCAUCACUGCUGUUCAACAUGCAGAAAAUAGAAGAUAUUGACAGCAGAAUAGGCCCUCCAUCCUCUCCGACAGGAGGAGAGAAAGAGGAAAAUCCUGCUCUGCUGGCCGAGAAUUGUUUCAGAGAACUACUAGGACGAGCAACCUAUGGAAAUAUGAAUAAUGCUGUCAGACCAGUUUUUGCGCAUUUAGACCACCAUAGACUAUGGGAUCCUAAUGAAUUUGCUGUUUCCUGCUUUAAAAUCAUCAUGUAUUCUAUACAGGCACAAUAUUCCCAUCAUGUCAUACAAGAAAUCCUUGGACACCUUGACGUCCGCAAAAGGGACUCCCCACGAGUCCGUGCCGGCAUUAUUCAAGUUCUUUUGGAAGCAGUUGCAAUAGCAGCUAAAGGAUCAAUAGGCCCCACAGUUCUGGAGGUGUUUAAUACCUUGUUGAAGCACUUGCGCAUCAGCGUUGACUUCGAGCUGGGUGACAGGCGCAGCUCAGCGGGAAGUGCUGCUUUCAGCACGAGCUCCAAGGAGAGCGAUGAGAGGAUUGUCCAGAAUGCAAUUAUUCAAACAAUUGGAUUUUUUGGAAGCAAUCUUCCAGAUUACCAGAGAUCAGAGAUUAUGAUGUUCAUUAUGGGCAAAGUACCUGUUUUGGGGACUUCACAAUCACUGGAUACCAGCCACCUUGGAGAUUUGGGAACUAGAAGGAUUCAGAUCAUGUUACUGAGAUCUUUACUUAUGGUGACUUCAGGAUACAAAGCCACAACGAUCAGUAAUGCACUUCCUCCCCCGUUCCUGGACCCGUUACUGUCUCCUUCACUCAUGGAGGACUCUGAGCUCAGGCAGCUGGUCCUGGAAAUCCUGCAUAACCUCAUUGAUCGGCACGACAACCGAGCGAAGCUCAGAGGGAUACGAAUAAUACCAGAUGUUUCUGAUCUAAAGAUAAAACGAGACAAGAUUUCAAGGCAGGAUGUGAGCUUCAUGAAAAAGCAUGGUCAGCAGCUGUACAGACACAUCUACUUAGGCUGCAAAGAAGAAGACAAUGUCCAAAAAAACUUUGAACUCCUGUUUACAUCUCUAGCUCUUACCACAAUUGAACUGGCCAAUGAAGAAGUGGUUAUUGACCUCAUUCGAUUGGCUAUUGCCUUGCAGGACAUUGCCAUCAUCAACGAGGAUAAUCUACCAAUGUUUAAUCGUUGUGGUGUCAUGGCAUUGGUUGCAGCCUAUCUAAACUUUCUGAGUCAGAUGAUUGCAGUUCCUGCCCUUUGUCAGCAUGUCAGCAAGGUCAUUGAAACCAGAAGUGUGGAAGCAUCUUAUUUCCUCCCAGAAACAAUUUUCAAAGACAAAUGCAAUCUUCCAAAAUCCUUAGAGAAGCAUGAAAAAGACUUAUUUUUCCUGACGAACCAGAUUGCAGAAUCAUUAGGAGGCAGUGGAUACAGUGUGGAAAGAUUGUCAGUUCCGUAUGUACCCCAGGUAACAGAUGAAGACAGACUCUCCAGGAGAAAAAGCAUUGUGGACACAGUGUCUCUUCAGGUGGAUAUUCUGCCUGGCAACAACACAGAGGAUAAGAUUGAUAAUACUGAAGAAAUCACCUUUGAAGCUUUGAAGAAAGCCAUUGAUAACAAUGGACUUGAAGAACAGGAAAAGGAAAAAAGGCGUCUUGUGAUUGAAAAGUUCCAAAAAGCGCCAUUUGAAGAAAUCGCAGCCCAGUGUGAAACCAAAGCAAACUUGCUUCAUGACAGACUUGCACAGAUACUGGAACUCACCAUUCGUCCUCCGCCUAGCCCCUCAGGAACGAUGACCAUUACUGCUGGACAUGCUCAUUACCAUUCUGUUCCAGUCUAUGAGAUGAAGUUUCCAGAUCUUUGUGUGUAUUAAGUGUCUUCUGAAGUCUGCUGGACAUUAUUUAGAAUAGAGUACAAUAGAAAGAACAAGAUGAGUUUUCAAAUUUUAUUGUUUACUGUAUCUAAACUAAGUAAUAUAAUGAUGGACAUGAGCCAAAUACAGAUUACUUUAGCCAAAUUCAUGAAAUUGUCUUGAAUUGUUUUCUUCUGUAAUAUAUUGUAAGUUAGGUUUUUCAUAGAUCAUGUUGAUUCAUUUUCAUAUUUGAGUACAUGUAAAAGUCAGAUAUAAAACUUGUCUUGCCAUACAGGUGAAUAUUUCAGUUACUCUAGGAAUUUGUGUUGCCGCAAAUUCCUUUAAUUGGAGAUACUGUAACUGAAGAACCUGUUAAAUCUUUUUUUUUUCCCCUUUUUUUUGGUUGGUUGGGUUUUUUUCUCAUCUCCACCUCAAUUCUAUGUCUAACUAGAAUGCUUUUGCCUUGCUUCAUUUCAUUAAAUGUAACCAGUGGAGCGCUACCGUCGCUCCCUUUUGUUCAUACUGUCAUAGCUAGUCAACUUGUUUGGUUUGAAAUAUAUGGAAAAAAACCAAUACCUUACAUGUGUUCAAGUACAAUGAAUGAAUUAAUGGACACCUGUUAAGUAUUUUUUGGAUGCAUCACAUAACAUGCUUUUUAGAUAAAUAUGCCCAGUAUAUGUCCUGUGUUUCUUGCUAAAAGUUUAAUGCUUUGCAUAAGAGAAGAGAAAUCUCCUCUCGAAGCAAGAAAUUGUGCAAUAUUUUUCGUGUCUUAAGGUGUAUGGUUUACAGACUGUACUUUUGAAAACAUAGUAGUAUUUACUGUCUGCUUUAGUAUAAAUACACGAGAGAAUUUAGUAUAGCAGAAGAUAAACUGAGGGCAUUUUAAAUAAUAAUUAAUGAAAUUAUAAAUAUAUUCUAUGAGGCAUUUCUCUGUAGUUUAUUACAGCUUUUUAGUGAUAUUUUAGAAAUUGAAAGAAAACUAAAUGAAACCAUUUAAAGAUCAAGAAUUUAUUACAUAUAUUUUCAAGCAAAAGCAUUUUUAGAGAUGCAUCUCUGUGUUUUGUUUUUGUUUCAUUUCUCAAAACUUUAAGGUAACUUUCAUAGGUUUAUGUAUCUGAGCAUACUAUUAAAUGUAAAUAAAGUAAAAGUGAUACAGGAAAUCACUGACUUUUGAUGAUAAUUGCCAAGACUGUCUUUAUGACUCACUAAAUUCUGCAGGCAAAAAGGAAAAACAGCAUUCAUUGAUGCCAUGCAUAUUAAGUUUGAAGUCCCUUAAUCUCUCUGAAUCUGACUGAAGCAGCACAAACAUGAAUGAAUGCUCUCAAAAAUCUGUAAUAAAUGUAGACAUUUAAUUUAGCCAGUGGUUUGCAUGAACAGUGAUCAGGCCGUGAACAAAGUGAUCUAACUUCAGUUAACCCUGCUUUGAGCAGGAGCUUGGUUUAGAUGACUUUCAGAAGUCCCAACCUAAAUUAAUCUUUGAUUGCAUAACUCUACCAUCUGAAGGGUUAUCAGCCCAGCUAAUUUGCUGAGUGUUUGAAGCACUUGCAAACCCACUGUAAGAAGGAUUUUAAGUUUUUUGAACUGUAGUUCAGUAUUCAGCUGAACUACUUUUAAAAGCCUGAUGUGACAUAACAUCAGACAAAUAUCAGCUACUUAAACCUAUGAGAUGACAUGCUGAGACUUUCAGAAGGCAUUCACAAAGCUCAAAAGGUAAUUGAGACCUUCUUUUCAGUUUAACAGUGCAAUCACAGCUGUUAGUGGAUGACGAAACAGCCCCUUAUCUACAGCAUUCCGUUGCGAUUUUUACUGCUGCAGCGUAUCAGCCUGAUCAGACCACAGUCUACACAUAAA